AUGCAAAAGCUGGUAUUAGUCGUCCUCUGUAUCCUGUCCACUUGCACAGGUAUGGAGGACCAUAUUCAUCGAAUUGUGCCAAGAUCUGUUCAAGACUCAACUUCUUCAACUGAAUCUGGUUUCUGCAGCACUUGGGGAAAAGGAGCAUUCAGGACAUAUGAUAACCAGUUUUACUACUUUAGAUCAAACUGCAGCUAUUUUCUGAGUCGCCUGUCCACGGAUAGCACAAGUGACAUAGAAGACUUUAACAUCAAAAUCCGUCGUGGGUCGAAGGGGGACUUGGAACAAGCAUAUAUAGUGAUAGAAGGUGUUACAAUUCUUCUGGAAAAUGGGAUUAUUAAAGUGGACGAAAAGACGGCAAACGUGCCAUUUGAUAAUAGAGUGAUAAAUAUUCAGGCAUAUGGAAUUUACAAACAAAUUUCGAACAAGAAGCAUACAAUAUCAUUGAUCUGGAAACAGGGUGAUGUAUUGUCGAUAACAGUCAAUGCAAAGUUUCAAGGGCAACUUUCUGGCUUAUGUGGAGAUUUCAGUAAAGGAGUCAAGACGCCUAGUGAUUCCACAUUUUUUGAAAAAAAUAAGAUUGAUGCCUUAGGUCAUUCAUGUCCUAGUCAUUACGUUUCACCUCGCAAGGCAAAUGCUCAGCAAUGUGACAAGAUUUCAUAUGUCUUCAUGUCAUGUUUUGAAUUUGGUAUAGUAAGCAACUAUUUAACAAUGUGUAGAAAUGAUGUCUACCAUUGUCCUCAUUGUGCGUGUGUUACAUAUGCGGAAAUGGCACGUCUAUGCCGGAAAGACCUGCUCACUGAAAACUGGAAGCACCCAAAAGAAUGCCCCAAACCUAAGUGUCCUGAGAAUCAGAUUUAUAAGGCUUGUGGUCAUGUGGAUGUGCCAACUUGUUCUAAUCCAAAACCUCUGCAACAAAAUGAUAAAUGUGUGGCUACAUGCAUAUGUCCAGAGGGCACUUUACUCGAUAACAUUGGGCGAACAAAUAAAUGCAUCAAGGAAACAGAAUGUCCUUGUGAAUUUAAUGGAGUAAUUUAUGAACCUGGAAUGAAAAGGGAAACUUCCUGUUUAUCAUGCAUUUGUGGAAAUGGGGCAUGGUCAUGUUCUCACCUAAGUUGCCCCAAGAGAUGCAAAAUAGAAGAAGCAACAUCCAUCACUACAUUUGAUGAUAACUAUUAUCAAAUAAAAGGGGAUUGUUCAUUCUAUGCAGCUAAGGCGGUUAAUUGGACCAUCAAAGUUGAGAUUCGCCAAUGUCAGGCAGUUUUGAAACAGACUUGUUUGCAGCGGAUUGUCCUAAUUAAGAAACAGACCACUUACAUGUUCACCAAUGAUGGCAAAGUAUAUCUUGAUGGAAAUGAAGUUGCAUUACCUCUGAGAACAGAUGGAAUAAUGAUAUUUUGGCAGUCUUCUGUGUUCAUUCAAGUCUCAACGACAUUUGGACUGAAGAUGCAAGUGCAGACAGCACCUGUUAUGCAGCUUUAUAUCUCACUGCCUGAAGAGUUAAAAAGUACCACAAAAGGUUUAUGUGGAAACUUCAAUGGAAAUGCAGAAGAUGAUUUCCUAUCUGAACAAGGCAUCUUGGAGGGUUCCGUCACUUCUUUUGCUAAUUCCUGGAAAACAGAAGAUAGUUGCACUGAUGUAAAUGAACCUUCUCCUUGUAUCAGUUCAGAAAAUGAUAAAACAUGUAGCAAGACUCAGGUCUUUGAGAAUGACAUGAAAACUUGUAACCGUACCUGUAGAUCACUAUCAAAUUAUGAUUAUACCUGCGAAGUUAAGGAUGUUCCUGUUUUUGGUUGUGGUUGUCCUGAGGGAACAUACAUGGACAAAGAUGGUGCUUGCGUUGAUAAAUCAUCCUGCCAUUGCUAUAUUGGUAGAGAAAUUAUCAAAACAGGACAGGAUCGAACGUUGAAUGGAAAAACCUGCAAAUGUGAAAAUGGACAGCUUUACUGUUUAACAGUCCCUACAACCACCAGGCCAGGAUGUCCAAAUAAGAAAGUAUAUCUCGACUGCCGGAAUUCUGACAAUUUGUGUGCAAAAACAUGCAGAAACAUGAAUGAGUCUUGUUCUGACAGACCAUGCAUUCCUGGUUGUGUCUGUGUCAACGGUCUUGUGGAAGGUGAGAAAGGAAGAUGCAUCCCUCCAGAACAGUGUCCUUGUUCAUUUGCAGAUGAAAGUCAUGAGAAUGGGAGUACAAUCAAAAUAGACUGCAAUAACUGCACCUGCCUGGCUGGAUACUGGACCUGUACCAAAAAAACAUGUGUGAAGGAGUGCCUUGUGUAUGGAGAUGGCCACACUAUAACCUUUGAUGGAAAAAGAUACUCAUUUGAUGGCAACAGUGAAUAUGUUCUAAUUGAGGACAAAUACGAGCAGGAAAAUAAUACCUUCCAAAUAUUGAUAGAGGGUGUCCCAUGUUGUGAAAAAGGAGUAAUAUGUUCAAGAAAUAUCAAAAUUUUACUUGAGGUAUGCAUUCUUCAUGAGGGAAGAGUGGAGAGAGUCAAGAUGUCGUCUGGUCAAAUGCAGUGCAAAGAUGACUUCUAUUCACUUCACACAGUUGGGCUCUACUUAAUCCUUCAGUUUACCAAAGGGAUCACUGUGAUUUGGGACAAACGCACAAGAGUUUCAAUUACAUUGGACACUAAAUGGAAGAAUAAAAUAAGUGGUCUGUGUGGAAAUUACAAUGGUGACAUUGCAGAUGACCUUACAACCAAAGGGAACUCUUUGGUCACUGACAUCUUGGAAUUUGGAAACAGCUGGACAUUAUCAUCUUCUUAUUCACAUGUAGUUAAUCAAACAUCUGCUUGCGAUGCAAACCCAUACUGUCUAUCAUGGGCUCAGAGGAAGUGCAGCAUAAUUAAACAUAACGUGUUUAAAGCUUGCCAUAAAAAGGUUGAACCAAUCCCAUACUAUGAAACAUGCGUCCAAGGAGCCUGCGCCUGUGAUUUAGAAGGGAAAUACAUGGGUUUCUGUACCUCUGUAGCUGUGUAUGCAGAAGCUUGCAAUAAAGCUGAAGUUUGUAUUGAUUGGAGAACCCCAGAUUUGUGCCCUAUAUAUUGUGACUAUUAUAACAAUCCUGAAGAAUGCAGCUGGCACUAUCACCCUUGUGGAACAUUAACAACAAGAACAUGCUCGGAUCAUUACAUUGGGAAAAAGUUCUCUGCAAUACUUGAAGGUUGUUAUGCAAAAUGCCCAGGAAGUGCUCCCUAUUUGGAUGAAAAUAUAUUGAAGUGCGUCAACGUACCAGAUUGCACAUGUUACUACCAUGGAGAAAUAUUACAGCCAGGCGAAAGAAGAAGUUGUGACUGUAAAGAAUGCGAGUGUGUCAACGGAACGGUUACAUGUGAAGAUGUUCCAUGCACCACACCUGCAAAUGUGACAGAAAGUACUUCAACAACUACACCUAUUUCCACUUCAUCAACUGUGACAACUACAACAAGUGGAACAACAACUGCAUCCACGGCAAAGUCGACAACAGGUACAACUACAUCAACAACACAUCACCCUCCUCCCAGUACCACAUCUGAGCCAACUACAACCAAAGUAACAACAACUCCCUCCACCAGUUCCACAAUUGUUACAACUACAUCAACAGAACAUCCCCCUCCUCCCAGUUCCACACCUGAUACAACUACAUCAACAACACAUCACCCUCCUCCCAGUACCACAUCUGCAGAGCCAACUACAACCAAAGUAACAACAACUCCCUCUACCAGUUCCACAAUUGUUACAACUACAUCAACAGAACAUCCCCCUCCUCCCAGUUCCACACCUGUUACAACUACAUCAACAGAACAUCCCCCUCCUCCCAGUUCCACACCUGCAGAGCCAACUACAACCAAAGUAACAACAACUCCCUCUACCAGUUCCACAAUUGUUACAACUACAUCAACAGAACAUCCCCCUCCUCCCAGUUCCACACCUGCAGAGCCAACUACAACCAAAGUAACAACAACUCCCUCUACCAGUUCCACAAUUGUUACAACUACAUCAACAGAACAUCCCCCUCCUCCCAGUUCCACACCUGCAGAGCCAACUACAACCAAAGUAACAACAACUCCCUCUACCAGUUCCACAAUUGUUACAACUACAUCAACAGAACAUCCCCCUCCUCCCAGUUCUACACCUGAGCCAACUACAACCAAAGUAACAACAACUCCCUCUACCAGUUCCACAAUUGUUACAACUACAUCAACAGAACAUCCCCCUCCUCCCAGUUCCACACCUGCAGAGCCAACUACAACCAAAGUAACAACAACUCCCUCCACCAGUUCCACAAUUGUUACAACUACAUCAACAGAACAUCCCCCUCCUCCCAGUUCCACACCUGUUACAACUACAUCAACAGAACAUCCCCCUCCUCCCAGUUCCACACCUGCAGAGCCAACUACAACCAAAGUAACAACAACUCCCUCCACCAGUUCCACAAUUGUUACAACUACAUCAACAGAACAUCCCCCUCCUCCCAGUUCCACACCUGCAGAGCCAACUACAACCAAAGUAACAACAACUCCCUCUACCAGUUCCACAAUUGUUACAACUACAUCAACAGAACAUCCCCCUCCUCCCAGUUCCACACCUGAGCCAACUACAACCAAAGUAACAACAACUCCCUCUACCAGUUCCACAAUUGUUACAACUACAUCAACAGAACAUCCCCCUCCUCCCAGGUCCACACCUGUGACAGAAAGUACAACAACAACUACACCCAUUUCCACUUCAUCAACUGUGACAACUACAACAAGUGGAACAACAACUGCAUCCACGACAAAGUCGACAACAGAAGAAGUUGCAUCAACAACACAUCACCCCCCUCCCAGUACCACAUCUGAGCCAACUACAACCAAAGUAACAACAACUCCCUCUACCAGUUCCACAAUUGUUACAACUACAUCAACAGAACAUCCCCCUCCUCCCAGUUCCACACCUGCAGAGCCAACUACAACCAAAGUAACAACAACUCCCUCUACCAGUUCCACAAUUGUUACAACUACAUCAACAGAACAUCCCCCUCCUCCCAGUUCCACACCUGCAGAGCCAACUACAACCAAAGUAACAACAACUCCCUCUACCAGUUCCACAAUUGGUACAACUACAUCAACAACACAUCACCCCCCUCCCAGUACCACAUCUGCAGAGCCAACUACAACCAAAGUAACAACAACUCCCUCUACCAGUUCCACAAUUGUUACAACUACAUCAACAGAACAUCCCCCUCCUCCCAGUUCCACACCUGGUACAACUACAUCAACAACACAUCACCCCCCUCCCAGUACCACAUCUGCAGAGCCAACUACAACCAAAGUAACAACAACUCCCUCUACCAGUUCCACAAUUGUUACAACUACAUCAACAGAACAUCCCCCUCCUCCCAGUUCCACACCUGGUACAACUACAUCAACAACACAUCACCCCCCUCCCAGUACCACAUCUGCAGAGCCAACUACAACCAAAGUAACAACAACUCCCUCUACCAGUUCCACAAUUGUUACAACUACAUCAACAGAACAUCCCCCUCCUCCCAGUUCCACACCUGGUACAACUACAUCAACAACACAUCACCCCCCUCCCAGUACCACAUCUGCAGAGCCAACUACAACCAAAGUAACAACAACUCCCUCUACCAGUUCCACAAUUGCAGAGCCAACUACAACCAAAGUAACAACAACUCCCUCUACCAGUUCCACAAUUGUUACAACUACAUCAACAGAACAUCCCCCUCCUCCCAGUUCCACACCUGGUACAACUACAUCAACAACACAUCACCCCCCUCCCAGUACCACAUCUGCAGAGCCAACUACAACCAAAGUAACAACAACUCCCUCUACCAGUUCCACAAUUGUUACAACUACAUCAACAGAACAUCCCCCUCCUCCCAGUUCCACACCUGGUACAACUACAUCAACAACACAUCACCCCCCUCCCAGUUCCCCAUCUGCAGAGCCAACUACAACCAAAGUAACAACAACUCCCUCUACCAGUUCCACAAUUGUUACAACUACAUCAACAGAACAUCCCCCUCCUCCCAGUUCCACACCUGCAGAGCCAACUACAACCAAAGUAACAACAACUCCCUCUACCAGUUCCACAAUUGUUACAACUACAUCAACAGAACAUCCCCCUCCUCCCAGUUCCACACCUGCAGAGCCAACUACAACCAAAGUAACAACAACUCCCUCUAUCAGUUCCACAAUUGUUACAACUACAUCAACAGAACAUCCCCCUCCUCCCAAUUCCACACCUGCAGAGCCAACUACAACCAAAGUAACAACAACUCCCUAUACCAGUUCCACAAUUGUUACAACUACAUCAACAGAACAUCCCCCUCCUAGCAGUUCCACACCUGCAGAGCCAACUACAACCAAAGUAACAACAACUCCCUCUACCAGUUCCACAAUUGUUACAACUACAUCAACAGAACAUCCCCCUCCUCCCAGUUCCACACCUGAGCCAACUACCAGCAAAGUAACAACAACUCCCUCUACCAGUUCCACAAGUGGAAGUACAACAAUCACUCCGUCUGUUCAUCAUUCAACAACUGUUACAACUACAUCAACACCACAUCACCCUCCUCCCAGUUCCACAUCUGCAGAGCCAACUCCAACCAAAGUAACAAUAACUCCCUCUACCAUUUCCACAAGUGGAAGUACAACAAUCACUCCGUCUGUUCAUCAUUCAACAACUGUUACAACUACAUCAACACCACACCACCCUCCUCCCAGUUCCACAUCUGCAGAGCCAACUACAACCAAAAUAACAACAACUCCCUCUACCAGUUCCACAAGCGUUAUAACUACAUCAACACCACAUCACCCUCCUCCCAGUUCCACAUCUGCAGAGCCAACUACAACCAAAGUAACAACAACUCCCUCUACCAGUUCCACAAGUGAAGCCACUACGCCAACAGCAGGUAGAACAACAGUGUCCACUCCCAGUUCAACAACUGACGAAUGUAAAAUAUGGGGAGAUCCACAUUAUCGCACCUUUCAUGGGAUCAAUUAUGACUUCUUUGGGAAUUGUACAUAUACUGCCGUCGAAGAAAUAAUUCCCAAAUAUAACUUUUCAGUCCUGGUGGACAAUUAUUAUUGUUUAGAAGGCAUACCUAAAUCGUGUCCAAAACAACUAAUUAUUUUUUACAAAGAAAAUAUUAUUACAAUUUCACCUGCAAAUAAUAAGUUAACAGUCAAUGGACAUGAUACGAAGAUUCCUUAUUUUACAGAAGAAUUCAACAUUACAGAACAAUGGCCAAAAACGCACAUAUCAAUUCCUGAAAUUCUAACAAACAUUACUGCUGCUAAUUUCCUAUUUACAAUAAGUAUUGCAGAGUCAUUCUUAACUAACACUCGAGGCCAAUGUGGAAACUGCUCGAGAAGAAAUGGUACAGGCGUAUCUUCUAAAUGUUGUUCCACAACUGCUUCCGAAUGGAUACAUAACGAUAUCAAGAAACCUUACUGUCAAGGCAAUUCCACUUCAGUGACUCCUUGUGGAGUAACACCUACUUCGACUCCAUGCCCUUAUAAACACCCCAUCUGUGACCUCAUUACAGGAAAGCCAUUUGAAAAAUGCAGACAGAAGGUUGACAUUGAACACUUUAAAAAGACUUGUAUCUAUGACAACUGCGGGACAAAUGUUACUUGUAGUAGCUUGGAAGCUGCUGCAGAUGAGUGCUUUAAAUUGGGUUUUUGUGUUGACUGGAGACCUUACACAAAUGGAUUGUGCAACCAUGCAUGUCCGCACAAUUUGGUUUAUAAGGCUUGCCCAAGCAAAACAGAUGAUCGCUGUGUCAACUCCACAGUGGAACCUGGCACUCACACUUCAGGAGAGGGAUGCUUUUGUCCAGAUGGAAUGAUGAUGACAGAAAAUAGUACUGAAUGUGUUUCCUCGUGUGAAAAUUGCAAGACCACAGUUGUUCAUAAAAUAGUUGGCAAUGGCACUUGCCAAACAGAUAUUGAAAUGAAACAAUGUGUGGGGAACUGCUUUUCAAGUACUGAAUUUGACCCUAAAACAAAGAGGAUGGUUCAUUUAUGUCAGUGCUGUCAUGAAAGGGAGACAGAAGAAAAGAGUGCAAAACUACAGUGCGAGGAUGGAAAUACUGAAACGUACACUUAUACUGACAUCAAGUCUUGCAUGUGCAAAAAAUGUGAAAAUGAGGAAGAAUACCUGUUAUACAAGAACUAGCGAUUUCAAUUUCAAUAACAUGGAAUGCUUUGUUAGUUACAUUUUUUAAAUACUGUCUUAAAUAUCUCCCCGAUGCCAGCCUAAAAUCUUACCAGGCUGUUAUUCAAUCCCUUCCCUUCUUAUUAAUGAAUUGUAACAUCUUGAAUGCACCUUUCUAUUGCAUGCAAUCUAUCAAUAAUUCUACUAUUAGAAAUGCAAACUAAUAAAAACUUUCU